AUGGCGAGACACGUCCAGGAAGAUGAAGGGGGUAAAUACGGAUUAAGUGAGGCCGAUGACUUUGCAGCAAAGAGGGAAAAGGUUUUGCUAGAGAAUUCAAGUUUGGCUAGAAAUGCUGCCUCCAGUGACGAUGACGACUCGUUGGAUGACUUGGAUGAAGAGGAGGUAAUGGAAAUCUCAGAGGAUGAUGAAGAAGAUGAUGACGAGGAGGAGAAAGAAAGGGUUUACCGGAAAGUUUUUGGACGGAGCAUGGAAAAAGAAUCAGAUGGACAGCAGCCAGCCGAUCAAAUGUUGGAUAAUGAAGCUGCCUGGGGUGAUAACAAAAAUGAAUAUUACGGGGCCGACGAUCUGGAUGAUCAAGAAACCGCCAAGGAGAUUGAGAAGGAAGCUUUGAGACAACAAAGAAAGCAUUUACAGGAUUUGAACAUGGAUGAUUAUUUGGACAAUGAGAUUGAGGAAGAAUGGGUGAAAACAGCCAAGAACUUUGACGUGAAUUUUGACGCAGAAUUCAGAAGUUCCACCAAACAGCUCGGGAGCGCAGUGUCGCGCAAAGAUGUUUUAAAGAUGGACGAAGAUUCUAAGAAAGAAUAUUUGGCAACUACGUUUCCUGAAUUUUCACCUUUGUGUCAGGAAUUCACCACUCUUAACGGCACGUUACAAUCCAUGAAGUCCUCAAAGCAGACUGAGCUAGUUAAACUAAAACAUGUGGCGUUAGCUUCUUAUUUGGGGGUUAUAUCAUCUUACUUUGGUAUUCUUUUGCAUGAAUUCAACAACAACGAAGAUUUUACUACAAUGAGAGACCACCCUAUCAUGGAAGCAAUCUUAACGUCAAAAGAAGUUUGGAGGCAAGCCAGCGAAUUAUCAGAUCACCUCGAAUCAGAGAGUGGCAGUGCAUCGGAACAAGAACAGGUAUCAGAGGAGGAAGAAGUGGAAAGCGAUCUAGGCGAGCUGGAUCCAGAAACAUUAAAGGACAUUGCUGCAGACGUUGAAUCUUCUGAUAAUCACUCGAAUGAAAGCAGUGCAUCAGAAGCUGAAUUGGAUGAUUUCGAAGAGUAUGUGACACAAUCUCGUCUGGAUAAAGGAAAGAAGGAUGUCACUCACGAGGACGUCGACGAUUACGUGGAGUCUGAAAUGGCAGAUGUUGAUGCUCAAGAAAAGAAAGCGAGGAGACGGACGCUUAGGUUUUACACAUCCAAGAUUGACCAACAAGAAAACAAGAAAUCCGAUAAGUUUGCUGGGGAUGAUGAUAUACCAUAUAAAGAACGGUUCUUUGAAAGGCAACAAAGACUGUUGGAGGAAGCCAGAAAACGUGGUAUGCAUGAUUCAAGUGGGGCAGAUUUAGACGAUAAAGAUUAUAAUUCGGAAGAUCAAGAGUUAUCAAAAUCGUUGAACAGCAAAAGCACGAACGACUAUUAUCAGCAAAUUCAAAAGGGCAAAGAAAACAGGAAGCAAGCUCGCCAGGAUGCACACAAACUGGCCGUUAUUGCUUCUAGGGAGGGCAAACUGGCCGAGGUUGCUGAGAAUGUUGGUGAUGAUGGUAAACGUGCCAUUAAUUAUCAAAUCUUGAAAAAUAAAGGUCUUACGCCUAAGAGGAAUAAGGACAACAGAAACUCUCGUGUUAAGAAGAGGAAGAAGUACGAUAAGGCACAAAAGAAACUCAAGUCGGUACGGGCUGUUUAUUCUGGUGGCCAAUCUGGUGUGUACGAGGGUGAAAAGACUGGUAUCAAGAAGAAUUUGACCAGAUCCGUCAAAUUUAAAGAAUAA